UUUGUGAUAGUCAUUGCUAACGUUUUCCUUAGCUUUGUUUGACUGUGCAUGACACGGAGGAGUAAGCAAUCACCGCUUAUCCCCGUAGAUCCGGAGUUAAAUAGAACUUUGAGGAACGUAAGAAGGCUCCUACAAGGCACGCCGGAAUUUUCUCUAGCUUAUACGGAUUCCGAGUCGGAGGAUAAUCUUGACAACGAGCAAGAGAUGGCCAACCCACCGCCUCCUCCACUUCUACAAGACUAUGACCACCCCGAUGCAUUCCAACUUCGGAGUGGCAUACUUCUUCCCACCACCAAUGCAAACAACUAUGAGUUCUCUCCUCAACUCAUAAGGAUGAUCCAAAGUGAACAGUUCGGGGGGAGUGCAAAUGAGUGCCCUCUAGCUCAUUUAGACAACUUCCUUGAGUUGUGCACUACCAUCAAGCAAAACAACCUCACGGAGGAAUUCAUUUGGAUGCAUAUGUUUCGGUUCUCUCUUAGGGACAAGGCUAAGUGUUGGUUGAGGUCCGUGAAAGAAGGAUCCUUAACAACAUGGGAAGAGGUUACCAAAGCAUUUCUUGGGAAGUUUUGUCCGCCCGAAAAGACCGCGGAAUUGAGAAGGAAGAUUACAAGCUUCACUCAAGAGGAUGAUGAAACCUUAGGUGAAGCAUGGGAAAGAUUCAAGGAUCUAAAGAGGAAGUGUCCACACCAUGGGUUGCCUUUAUGGAUGAUUAUUCAAAGCUUCUACGACGGUCUCACUCCUACCUCAAGGGCCAAUCUUGACAACGGAGCCGGUGGUAGUCUUAAAAAGCUACCGGUGGAAGAAGCCGAGAAUAUGAUUGAAGAAGUUGCAAGGCAUUACGCCUAUAGAUAUGAUAGAAGAGAAAGUCAACCGAAGAAGAAAGGUAUGCAUGAGUUGAGUGCAAUAGAUCUCAUUGCCUCAAAGUUUGAUAUGCUAGCUCACAAGCUAGACCAAGCAACCUCCUCAAGCGGUACCUCCUCUUCACAACCACAACCACAAGUCAUGUCUUGUGAGACUUGUGGGGGUAAUGAUCACAUGGCUUCAUAUUGCAAUGCUACUAAUGAGCAAGUUGCGGCCAUGAACCAAAGAAAUGAGCAACCUUUCAAUCAAGGUUGGAGGCAACAAAACCAAGGGUGGAGACAACCCAAUCAAAACCAACAAUCCAACUACAACAACCCUCCUCAAAACAUCUACAACCAAAAUCAACAAAAUCACCAAGCCCCAUACCGCCAUCCAAACCAACAAAGACAGCAAUUCAACCAACAACCUCCUCCACCCCAAAAGACUUCCCUUGAGGCCGCUCUUGAGUCUUUCAUAAAUCAACAAGGGAAGAGCAAUGCAGAAAUGAGCUCCAACAUCCAACAACUUCAAGCGCACAACAAAAUAAUUGAGAAUCAACUAGCUCAAAUUGCACAACAAGUUGGGAGUUCUACCUCCAAUGCUAGUGGUCAAUUUCCAAGCUCAACGGUUGUGAACCCAAAGGAGCAUGUCAAGGCUAUCACAUUGAGGUCCGGGAGAGGGUAUGAAGGUCCGGUAAUGAGUGAAGAUGUGCCACAAAAGAGAGAUGAGGGUGUGGAGGUGAGAAGUGAGAAUGAUGUUGAAAAUGAGGUGGUAGAAGUUGAGAGAAAAGAAAAAGAAAAGAGUGUUGAGGGAGACACAAAGAAAGGAGAGGGAGUUGAAGUUGAAGUGGAGAAACCCCCAAUGAGAGUCUACAAGCCACCUAUUCCUUUCCCUCAUAGGUUGGUAGAGAAAAAAUUGAAUGAGAAGUUUUCAAAGUUCCUUGAGGUCAUGAGAGGGCUCCAAGUGAACAUUCCCUUUCUUCAUGCUAUGUCACAAAUGCCUACAUAUGCGAAAUUUUUAAAAGAUCUCUUGUCCAACAAAAGUAGGCUUGAAGAGAGUGCAACCAUCUCCCUUCCAAUGGAGGUGAGCGCAAUCAUUCAAAACAAGCUUCCCCGAAAGCUUGGUGACCCGGGUAGCUAUGCAAUUCCGGUGAAGAUUGGAGAUAUGGAAGCCAUGGAUGCUCUUUGUGAUCUUGGGGCAAGUGUAAGCUUGAUGCCCUUCUCAAUUGCGAAAAAUUUAAAAGUUGGUGAGAUGAAGCCAACAAGAAUCUCAAUACAAUUAGCCGAUCGUUCGGUUAGGUUACCAAUGGGAAUACUUGAAGAUGUACCGGUACAAGUGGGAAGAGUUUUUGUACCUUGUGACUUUGUGGUGAUGGAAAUGGAGGAGGACAACAAGGUUCCUCUCAUUUUGGGAAGGCCGUUCUUGAACACGGCGGGAGUGGUAAUUGAUAUGAAACAAGGCAAGCUAACAUUGAAUGUGGGAGAUGAGAAAAUUUCUUUCUCAUUCUCGCAAGCCAUGAGGAAGCCUAUGUAUGAGGAUAUCAAUAGAAUCGAUACUCUUGACCGAGAAGUGGAGGAAUUGAAGAUGAUGAACAAUAGCAAAGAUACUCUACAAGCGAUCCUCACGGAAAGUUUGUACAAUGAUGAUGAUGAAGCUAAGGGGUACAAGUUGUUGCUAGACCAACCCCUACAUGGCAAGGCAAGGGAGUUUGAAGCACUUAAGGUGGAGGUAAAAGAGGAGAGGUCUACGCCUCCUCCUAAGGUUGAACUUAAACCCCUUCCCCCUUCACUUAAAUACGUUUUUCUUGAUGAUAAUGAGACUUAUCCCGUUAUUGUCAAUACCAACCUUGAUGACACUUCCCUUGAGAAACUCCUAGUUGUGUUGAGGGAGUAUAGGAGUGUCAUUGGGUAUGCCAUUGAUGACAUUAAGGGGAUAAGUCCCACGAUAUGCAUGCACAAGAUUUUGCUUGAUAAUGAUCAUGACUCCUCAAUUGAGCACCAAAGAAGGCUCAACCCCAACAUGAAAGAAGUUGUUAAAAAAGAGGUUUUGAAACUUCUUGAAGCGGGCAUAAUCUACCCUAUCUCCGAUAGCAAGUGGGUUAGCCCGGUUCAAGUUGUUCCAAAAAAAGGGGGCAUGACCAUUAUCAAGAACGAUAAGGGUGAGACCAUUUCUACAAGGUCGGUCACCGGGUGGAGAAUGUGCAUAGACUAUCGAAAAUUGAACAAAUCCACUCGGAAGGACCACUUCCCUCUCCCCUUUAUCGAUCAAAUCUUGGAAAGGUUGGCAUCACAUAGUCACUAUUGCUUCUUGGAUGGGUAUUCGGGAUUCCUCCAAAUCCCUAUCCUACCCGAGGAUCAAGAGAAGACUACAUUCACAUGCCCUUUUGGCACCUUUGCUUAUCGAAGGAUGCCAUUUGGAUUAUGUAAUGCACCUUCUACAUUUCAAAGGUGUAUGAUGUCUAUCUUUUCCGACAUGCUUGAAUCAUCAAUCGAGGUAUUUAUGGAUGACUUUUCUGUUUGCGGUUCAUCUUUUGACACUUGCCUAAGUAAUUUGAUUAAAGUGUUAAAAAGAUGUCAAGAGGUGAACCUUGUGCUUAAUUGGGAAAAAUGUCAUUUCAUGGUUGAAGAGGGUAUUGUGUUGGGACAUGUUGUUUCUAGUAGGGGCAUUGAGGUUGAUCGUGCCAAAAUUGAGGUUAUUGAGCGCCUCCCUCCCCCCACUAAUGUGAAGGGUAUAAGGAGUUUUCUUGGACACGCGGGUUUUUACCGCCGGUUCAUUAAAGAUUUUUCCAAAAUCGCUAAGCCGCUCACUCAAUUGUUGGUAAAGGAUGCCCCUUUUGUGUUUUCUAAUGAUUGUUUGCUAGCCUUUGAUAGGUUGAAGGAAGCUUUGAUCACGGCUCCCAUCAUUCAACCACCGAAUUGGGAGCUCCCUUUUGAACUCAUGUGUGAUGCUUCGGACUAUGUCGUUGGAUCUGUGCUUGGGCAAAGGAAGGAUAAAAAGCUCCAUGCCAUCUAUUACACUAGCAAAACUCUUGAUGAAGCACAAAGAAACUACACAACGACUGAAAAAGAGCUCCUAGCCAUCGUCCAUGCUAUCGAAAAGUUUAGGUCUUACUUGGUGGGCUCCAAAGUUAUAGUCUUCACCGACCAUGCGGCUUUGAAGUACUUGCUGUCCAAGAAGGACGCUAAACCACGGUUGAUUAGGUGGGUCUUGCUCUUACAAGACUACGAUAUAGAAAUUCGGGACAAGAAGGGUGCCGAGAAUGUAGUAGCCGAUCAUCUCUCACGGCUACCGAUCGUAGAAGGUGAAAUUGAAGCUUUGCCAAUUGAUGAUUCAUUCCCGGAUGAUCAAUUAUUCGCAAUCAUUCAAGCCCCGGCCCCAUGGUUUGCGGAUAUUGUAAAUUACUUGGCUUGCUCCAUCCUUCCUCCCGACCUCACCUAUCAACAAAAGCGGAAGUUCCUCCAUGAUGUCCGCCAAUACUUUUGGGAUGACCCCUUGCUCUUCAAACAAGGUGUUGAUGGUCUUUUUAGAAGGUGUGUCCCCGACGAUGAAAUUCAUGAAGUUAUCACAAUGUGUCACUCCUCACCUUGUGGAGGACAUAUGAGUGCUAACAAGACAUUGGCGAGAAUAUUGCAAUGCGGUUUCUAUUGGCCCUCUAUGUUCAAGGACGUAUGGGGAGUUGUUAAAGCUUGUGACCGGUGUCAAAGGACCGGUAAUUUGUCAAGAAAGAACGAAAUGCCUUUGAAUAACAUUUUAGAGCUGGAAAUUUUCGAUGUGUGGGGAAUAGAUUUUAUGGGACCUUUCCCAUCCUCUUUUGGGAACAAAUACAUUUUGGUGGCCGUCGACUAUGUAUCAAAGUGGGUUGAAGCGGUUGCAUCUCCUACAAAUGAUGCUAAGGUAGUAGUCAAGUUGUUCAAGAAAGUCAUUUUCCCUAGGUUUGGUGUGCCACGUGCCGUAAUAAGUGAUGGAGGAUCGCACUUUGCAAAGCGAUCUUUCAAGGCUCUCCUUGAAAAAUACGGAGUGAGGCACAAGGUGUCAUUGGCUUACCACCCUCAAACAAGUGGUCAAGCUGAAAUUUCAAAUAGGGAGAUUAAGUUGAUACUAGAGAAGACGGUGAAUAGGUCAAGGAAGGAUUGGUCAUCAAGGUUGGAUGAUGCUCUAUGGGCCUACCGCACCGCCUUCAAGACUCCUAUUGGCACCACCCCUUACAAGCUCGUUUAUGGGAAGUCAUGCCAUCUACCGGUGGAACUGGAACAUCGUGCGCACUGGGCUAUCAAAACCUUGAAUUUUGAUAUCCAAUCCGCCGGAGAAAAGAGGAUGCUUGACCUCCAUGCCUUGGAAGAGUUGAGGUUAGAUGCAUAUGAGAGUGCAAAGAUCUACAAGGAGAAGACCAAAGCAUGGCACGACAAGCACAUCAACAAGAGAGAGUUCAAGGAGGGUGACAAGGUCUUGCUAUUUAACUCCCGGUUGAAGUUGUUUCCGGGAAAGCUAAAAUCAAGAUGGAGUGGCCCUUUCACCAUUACAAAGAUAUUCCCAUAUGGCGCCAUUGAGAUUUCCAACGACAAAGGUGAACCAUUCAAAGUUAAUGGCCAAAGGUUGAAAGCAUACUUCGAUGGUUUCGUGCAAGAAGAAACAAAGGUAGUUCAUUUAGAUGAAUUUGAUAUCCCUCGUGAUUGAAAACGUAAUAUGGUCAAGCUAGUGACAAUAAAGAAGCGCUUCCGGGAGGCAACCCGAGUAUUUUAGUAAUUUUACUCAA